GCAAGGUGAACUAACGCAGCUAAGGCAAGAUAGUGGUGAAGUGCGCGAUAUAGAACCGGCGUCGGACAUUUGUUUUAUUCUUGAACAUACACUGAAGUUUCGAAUUUCAGUAUAAUUACUGGCAUUUAAUUGAUAAUUUUCGUACCUAUUUCGCGAGACAGUUUGCGUAGGACAAGCAUCAUAUUGAUAAGAUGAUUAGAACUCGCGGAAUCUUGAACUGAAUAGUGCAACAACGCACAUCUUGGAUCGCCCUUUGCGUCGCAAUGACAACCAUUACAACACAGAUGAAUGCUGUCAUACAAAGGAUGCGGAGUAGAAAUGCGUUUUUCUUUGCCUAAGCAUGCCUAGAGUGUUGUAAAGUGGACUGUGAAUAGUGUUAGAUUAUUCCUCAUAUAAAACGCGGUACGUAAAACCUCCAAGGAUCUAGUUUAUGCGAUUCUUAGUUAAAUUUGGUCCUUAACAAAAUGGCGGCUAUGAUAUAUUUUGUCUUCGGUGCCACCAUUGAUUGGACAACGCCCAUUUGGCGUUACGUUCGCAGUUUCCGGAAAAAGCUGAUACCAGCAUACUUUUUUUCAUAAAGAAACUUUUUCUAGUAACUCAAACAAAAGAGUAAAUCUUUUUGUUUUGAUAAAAUCCUCAUCCUGCGUUUUAAUCAUUGAAGGUGACGAUCACUGGACGCAGAUCAAUCAAUUCGUAACUUAAUCACGAAUGCAAUGUUUUUUCAAAUUUGAAAAAAUCUUAAUUAGAACCAGAGGUACGGUCAGUUCAAUGAAAAAAAUCAUGGUUGCGCGCCAGUACUGAGACCGCGCUAGCCAAGCCAGCCCGCGGCGACUUAACAAGCGCGCGAAGGUGAUAAAAACAAAAUUACGAGUCCUAUUGAACUUUCAAAAGACAUAAUGAGAAAGUUCAACGUAUUAAAGAAGUAUGACGUCGUGAGCAAGUUCGACAAAGUGGAUAUGUUUGGCAGGGCUCGCGGGUUCAGAAGAACACCUAGUCCACAUGCAACUGAGCCUGCAUUGUUGUGUAACUUUGACGAAGAUGAAAAUUCAGAUAAACCUUCACCUUUCGAUCAAACUCGCACUGCUGCUACAUCGAUUAAAGGCAGAGUAGAAACCGAGGAAGAAAAAACUACCAACAAGAUCAAUGUGUCUCAAUACAUCGAGAAUAAAAAUCUAGAAUAUAUGGAAUUACACAAGUCCGAAAAGAAACACAGAUCUGAACGGAAAAGACAUAAGGAAAAGAGACACAGGAGGAAACAUGAGAAAAAAAGUCGUUCUUCUCAGGAUAGUCUCGAUAAUAGAUUAGCGAAUGUAAAUUUGAAGGAUGAUACAAAUAACUUCUUGCUGACGAUCGAAACUGGAAGGACCUUUAUGCACGAUAACAUAGACGACUUAUCGAAGUCGAUGCCUGCCGAUAUUGAUUUUGAUGUGCAUCAACUCUUUAACAGUGACGACGAAGAAUACGACAGGAGGUUAUCGGAUGUAAAAAGGUAUAUUCCAUUCCUGCAGAUGAUGAUUGAAAAGCAUCGUCAAAUGAAUGAUCUUGAGUCACUGAAGAAGAUGGAAUGUCUCUAUGAAGUACUAACACAGUCCAAGAAAAAGUUGAAAAUAGAAACUUUACGAAGAUGUGAUGACGUUUUGGAGAAAUUAUAUCACAAAGUAGAAGAGGCACUGAGAGAAGAAACAAAUGUAGAAUCACUCAAUGAUGACAUUCUCUCAACUGUUUCAUCAUCGCUCCGUAACACACGAUUUCAUCAGAUCGGUAAUUUAGAUGCCACUUUUGAGGUGGGUGGUAUGAGUCCAAUCUCUAGUCCCACGUCUAGUCCAACCCCUUUGUCUAGUCCUAACGAUAGUUUCCUUUCGGUUGAUGAUGACAUUGAUGACGAUGCCAUUAUUGAACACUUGGAAAGUCCUGAAGAUGGCGAAAUUUUCGAUGCGUUAGAGAACUCAAACAAUGAUACGGACGAUAACUCAAUCCAGUCGAUCAGUCGCAGUGCGAUUCCACAGUCCUCGAAGCGGGAUAGUGACAUGAGCAUUGAUGAAGAAUGGGACAUGCUCGAGGAAAAACCAUCAUCACCCAAACAAUAUACGCACACCUGGAAAUCAAUAAUCGUCACUGGUCACGACGUGGUAACAGCAGCAAAACUCGUCGGCAUUAAUAUUUCCAAGAGAGUCGCCUCUGCUCCAAAGCCUUAUACUCCACCCCCUAAACCAGUAGAAAUAAAGCAGCUGGAAAGUAUUUUUCCGAACAAUGAGAAUUAUGAUAGUUUCGAGGCUAGUCUGAAUGACACAAAUCCUCGAUCAGAGUCCCAACUAAAUGUUCCAGAAAACGGUUUUCAGUCUCCCGACUAUAAACUUUUCUUCGAUGAAAGAUUUAAUACGCCGAAAAAGCCGGAAGAGCCUCCACAACCAGUGCCUCCGCCCGCAAUUCAACCAGUUGUAGCUCCACCGAAAUUAAAUGAUGUACCAUUAAUUUCUAUGGCACAUUUGGAGGACUUAAUAAAAAAUCAAAGUGUUAUUUUGAAAGACGGAUUACAACAGCAGCAGCAGACUAAAGAUGAGAAGGAUCCUGAAAAGGAAAAAAAAGCAGCCAAGGCCCAAGAAUUUGAAACAGUAACACCCAUACGUAGAAAGCAAACUGGAAACGUGAAGAUAGUUCCUGUGACUCUCAAACUAGAUUCCUUUAUUACUGGUGCCAAGGACCGAAGUCCUUCGCCUGAGGCUCCCGUCGAUCCGAGAAUACGCGCGAGAAUGUUAAAGGAAAAAAAUGUAGACCCAAGGCUGGCAAAGGAGAAUGCUGCAAUUCCUCCUCGACCACCUGUAGGGGACUUAUAUUUUCUUCGUGAUUUCAAUAUAAAACCGAUUACACUUUCGAAUCCAAUUCAUACAACGUCAGUCAGCCCAACAACCGAUUAUACCCCUGCUGGAAGCGGCAAUCAGUGGAAUUACGGGUCAAAUAUUCAUAUGCCAGCCACGCUAAAUCCUUAUGGAAUGCCCAGAGAUACAAAUAUGCAUACAAAUUCGUGGGAGAUGAAUCUGACUAUAAACUCUAAUUUAAAUCCUAACAUGAAUAUCAAUAAACAUCUGAAUAGAAAUCCAAAUAUGGCUGAGAAUUACGGUUGUGGUAAUAACAUAAAGCCACCUAUGAGACAUGCUGCUUCUAAUUCAGCUUAUGAUCCUCAAAUGAAUUAUUCACAACAUCCUCAGCAUUUACUACGUCAACAAAACCUACACUGUUCAGCUCCUCUCGAUAACUUUAAUACCAGCUCGAUACAAUACGGACACCAAAACCCUCCAUCUUGGAACAAGCCUGGCGAUGCCAUUAAAAAUGUUCGAACAGUUCUUAAUAGAGAUCCUCGAUCUAUAAACAAUAUGAAGGACGUUCACCGUCUAGAGUGGAAUCGAGAGGGACAGACUACCAGACUACCAGAACGGGAAAGACACAAUGAUUGGGAUAAUCGAAAUCCAUUCAGCAGGGAUCCUCAAAUGAGGUUAGAACCUUUAGUUUUAAGCCCCAAUCAAGUUACAGCAGUAGCGGAAGAUACAAGUGUUGUCAGAGAUCAAACAACUGCAAAAGAUCAGAAUACUACAAAGGAAUCAACUACUUCAAAAUAUUCGACGAUUACAAAAGAUGUAACUGCUAUAAAAGAUUUAACUACUACAAAAGAUUCAACGAAAAAAAAAUUAACUAAUUCAAAAGAUUCAACUGCGACAAGGAAUUCUACAACUAAAAAAGAUAUACGAUCAACUGCCAAAGAAAAACCGAAAACAGUAGAUAAAGAGAAGGAGUCAAAGAAAGCAGAUGCUAAGCAUUUACACAAAAGUUCUAAGAGCUCCAGCAAAUCUAAUUCACGAAACAUGAAGGAAAAAGAAAGAAGCAAAAGUAAAGAAAAGACUCCGAACUCAGAAUCUAGAAGGCGACAGGAAGUUGAGAAAGGAGAUGAACCGCAAUCCCUUUUGGAAAGUCUCAAUGGUGUUGUUGAUAGGAAAGCAGCUGCUGGUGAACAAGUCUUGCAGAAAUUUAAAAUUCCUAAGUUGACAAAGCCAGGGCCUGUAUCGUCUCCGAUACUAAGUACCUCGACGGAUGCGAAGAGUUAUAGAUACGAGGAUUCGAAAAGUAGUUCCAAAAUUGAUUACUCGAAGAGUAGAGAUCGAGGAGACAGAAAUUUACAGAGCAAGGCUAGUUCAAGGACAGAUAAAGCGAAGGAUGAAGAAAAAGAGAGAGAUAAGGAAAAAGGCAAAGAGAAUAAGGAUACAAAGAAGGCGAAGAAGCAAAAGGAAGUUAUUGAAUCUGCGAAGACUAAAGACCAAAAAGCGAACAUUUCAUCUGAAGCCGAAAAAUCUCGCCUAAAGACCAUCGAGGAUUUAAAAAAUUUCAUAAAUAUGAUACUUAUGCAAGAAAGCGGAAGGAAAUUAUUGAAGAAUGAAAAAAUUUACGAGAAAUUUAAGAAGGUCUUUGAAAAUGAGGAAUUGAGCGAGUGCAGGCAAUUGGUUGAAUCAGAUUCGGACAGCUCCGAUUCCGGUAAAAGUGAACGCGUUACGAAGAAGAAGAAACGCUCAAAGAAGAAGAGACGAGUGCUUGAAUCCGACUCUUCUGACGCAGAAGAAGGAUCUCUUGCCAAAAGGAUCGAAAAAGUGGAACCACCUAUUAACGAAGAAAAGGAGGCCGAGGAACCAAAGGUGCGUAGGAAACUGAAAAAGAGGCCCGGUGCAGCAAAAGAACCUGAGGAGGACACGGAUAAGGAAUCUGAAAAAGAAACAAAGGAAGUUACAAACAAAGUAGAAGGCAAAGAUACGGAAACAAAAAACGAAAAAUUAAAGGAUUUGAAAGAACAACCUGAACUUAUAAAAGACGGAGUAACCAAAGAAUUUAACAAAUCUCUCAUUACAGAACCUACGGCUCCUAAGGCGAGAGUAAAACCCAGAAGAAAGAAUGCCCUAGAAAGAUUACAGGAAGACUUGAAGGACUACAUAAGCGCAGGAUUCAUAACCGCAGGUCAAAGGAGUUGUAGAUUGGCUAAAGAACAACAAGAAGUAGCUAACAACACUGCUGGCCCUAAUACUUCCAAUCUUGCUAACGAAAUUUACAAGAAAUCGCCCGAAAUCGAUGAGCAAGUGAAGUUUAAAACAAAACAGAAUGCUGGAUCUAAGUAUGCAAAGAAGACAGUUUCCAAGGAGUUAGGUUCAAAUUCACAGACCGAGGAAGAUCAGCCUUUAGCGGUUAGAAAGGAACCAGUCAAGAAGAAGAAAAUGUUAGGACCCAAGAGUAAACGACAAGCCAGGGACUUGGCGCUAGAGCCAUAUAUUCUCCUCCAGAGAGCCGAUACCUUGCCUCUGAGAAAACUAGCUAAAGCUAACGAAAGUCCAACUGUUCAUCGCUUUAAAACAGAAAUAACUAAGAGGAAAAGGGCGCGGUCUAUUGCAGCUGAAAGAAGAAGAAUUACACCUUCUUCUGAUAAGAAAGAUAAAGUACAGACUAUUGAUGACGAGAGACUCGCUUCUGAUAUUGCUUUUGCAAGCUGUGUUGCCUCGAUGAAGGCAGAUGAGAUGAAUAAAGCUGUCCAGGAAUCGUUUGAGAAGAGUGGUGAAGCUGAGGAGACGGUAAAAGAUUUUCAACCUACUGAUAAAGUCGGGGAAAAAUUUCCACUGAAAAAGAAGAAAAAGAAAAGUACUUGGCGUUUGGGUAUCGUUUCCAUUGCAAAUAAGAGGAAGAAGCAGCUUCAUGCGCAAGCGAAGCAAGCUGAUACCUUACAUUUAGAAGAAACCGCCAUAAGAAGAUCUUCCCUACAAGUUGUAGAAGAUCACGAACUAGCAAAACAAAUUCAUUGUACCAAUACGACACCGAGUGCGGAAGCUGAACCCGAUCAUACUGAAAAACAGGAACACAAUGAUUCUCAGACUACUAACGAAAUUCUAACAGUUGUGAGGCAGGAAAUAAACCCAGAGGAUUUGGAUCGGAUUGUGGGGAAAGAAGAUUCGAUCAUAGAACUUGAUUCACCAGGCGACAGUAAUUUGAAGAUAGUAGACGACAGUAUUAAUAACGAAGUACUUCGAAACAGCUCUGACGUCAAUCAGUUAAUUGAUUACGUGUGCUAUGGACAGGAAAAGGCCAAGUGCUUACAUUGCUUCUUCACUGGAAAGGGUAUCGUUCAUCAUUAUAAGACGGUUCAUCCAGAAAGGGAAGUCUCAGUUUCGAGACUCAAAGCCUUGGAAGCGAAAUCUGCGGUCCAGGAACAUAACGACAACGAUUUCGAGAAAACGUGCCUCGUUCCGACAAAUAAGAAAGACUACCACUUCAGCUGUAGGUUCUGUUUUUAUAAGAUCAAAGGUAGAAAAGAGGAAUCCAUGGAAUCAGCUUACGAACAUGUUACUUCACACACAGGCGAAUAUAGGUUUAAAUGCAUUGAGUGCAAUCACCAGGCAACCACAAGAUCUGCAAUAAAGAUGCACUACUACAAGAAUUGUAUGAAGCUUGGAAGAACUAUUCGCGAAGCGGUUGUGGAACAAAAGGCCCCACAAGAAAAUCGUCUGUAUGGAUACAUGUGCUCGUUGUGUAACUUUGUACAACUCAGAAUGAACAAUGUGGAAGAUCAUAUAAAAACCUGGCACGUGCGUGAACCUAGUUCUAAGAUUGUGAAGAUAAAUAUGUCUCUGGAUUCACCUAGUGGAAACGUUGUAGACGGUCCAGGGAUUUCAGAGAAACUUGUCGAAAUUUCGCUUCUGGAUACUUUGCCUAAUGAUUUGAAUGCUGAGGUUGAGAGAAAAGAGGCAGAGAAGGAAGCAAGAAAGAGUAACUUGAGCGCUUUCGUUUGCCCUCUUGAGUUUGAAAAGAAGAACGAAGAAAUCGAGCUCGUGAGGAAGAAGAUGCAGGAAGUAGGUGAGAAAAUAGGCCUUAAAACCCAGAAGCAUGAGGCGCAGAAGGGAUUCUCGAUUAUCGACAAACUCAAGGAUAGAAUGGAUACGACUGAAGAACCUCAAACUGCCGAACGCAAUUUUAGAGGCGAUCUAGAUUCACCAGAAUCUAACUUGAGGAUUGUUGAGUCAUUGAAUGAAGAAUCAGAUAAUUUAUUAUGUGCAGAUUCGUUAUUUAAUGCAGAUAUUUCUGAUUCUUGGGAAGCAUUAGACGUGAAUGAGCAAGAUAAGUCAUCAAAGUUGAAGGGUCCUAUUGAUGUUAAGAAUGAACCUCAGGAAGAUGAAGCGAGUGACAGUGAAGAUAUAAGUUUGAGAUAUGAAUACGAUUCCAGUUCUGAAAAUGAAGAUGCGACUGAUGUUAAUGACUUGCUGAAGGAAACUACUGACAUCAGGAAUCAGUCUAACGAUUCGAUGGUGACAACUAUCCAGAGGCUGGCUGCUCAGAUUCAGAAUUCGAAACCAUUAGAGUCUGCGGGCGCUGAGAUGGCUGCUGAUGAUGCAGCAAAUUCGGAUAGAUGUUUUUCAAAAAAAGAGAUUCCGAAAGCACCUGAUGUGCUUCCAAUUUCAUCCUUCAAGAGGAAGGCACUUUCCGGAACACAGAAACAACAGCUGGUUCAAGAGGUCCAGAGUUCAGAACCGAACAUGAAGGGUUCAAGUCCACCGAAGUUGUUUUUGAGAGCCAGACGUUUUAGUGGUGAUAUGCUUUCUGUCCCGGAACCCCCUUCAAAAACCGCGGAGCCUUCUCCUGUUGUUGUGCCAAGUACUGAUAAUACAAAUAUCGAAACAUCAGAACCGACAACUUCGAAUAUUGCGACUACAGACAGUGAUUUCUGCUUGGAGAUUUCAAAUAUCACGAGCUUAGCUGCAUCCAAUGAAAAAGAAACUCCUGCGAUGAGGGACAUUCCAAAGCCAGUAAAAGCUUCUAAUAUGAAAUUGUCAGGGUUUUCUGUUUUGAAAAAGAAUGGCUCCUUAAUUUUAAAGAGAGAAAAAAAUUCGCCUGCUCAUAUACUAUCGAAUCAAACUAUCACAGUAAUCAACCCCAAUUCACAAGAGACAGUUAAGUUGAUUCCGGUGAGCAUAACGCCCACAUCCGCGAUUUCACAAAGCAAUCAUUUGCCCAUAAUGAGUGCGACGACUUUAAAAAAUUUCAUUGAUUCUAAAAAGGUGUGCAUAGCAGCUUCUUCUCUUCCUAAUGUAAUCCCUACCAAAUCUGCUAUCCUCACGCCUAUCCCUAUUACAAAAGCUACCAUAAUUGGUUCCAUUACCAAAACUGCCAUCUUGACUCCCGUAACCAUAGCACCUAAUUUCUCGAUAAACGGCGCUAUCCAAAAUUGCGGCUAUACUCCUAUCAAGCCCAAUUCCCUCCCUUCCACUAAAGCUGGUACCAUUACUUCCGUCAAACCUGGGACUGUGACUCUUAGUAAACCAAGUACUAUCGUUACUUCCGCAACUUCACCAAACCGCAAACGCAUGAAACUUCUCAGCCGUAACACGGUUUUGAAGAAAAACGAGCAGGGGCCUCAGUGCGCUAUUAAAAUGAAGAUUGUGCCCGCUUACAAUGAGAUGAUGAAACCUGAGAGGCUACGACAGCUUUACAAGUGCAUGGGAAGGGAAUGUCCCUACACAACAGACUAUGUUGACAAUUUUCGGAGACAUUUUAAUAAGCAUUUUACUAGUUACAAUGUAAAUCGCAUUGGUUUAGUGCCAUUUGACUUUAAGAAGUGCGCAUAUUGCAACAUGUCUGUCGGAGAUUGGUUCCAAAUGGAGAAGCACUACGAGGAGAAACAUGCCUACUGCGAGUUCCAGUGCAAUUAUUGCUUCUAUAGAGCCCUUACUCAGGCGUACGUGGAAAUCCAUCAGGCAAACGUCCAUCCUGAAAAGUCUGUAGUAGUUCUGCAAGCUAGUUUCACAAACCAUCCUCGGCCUCAUGUAGAAAUAAAUCGUGUUGAGCGCGUAAAACCCUUUGUUUGUCAAAAUGAUUGCAACAAGUAUUUUUUUGUGCCAGAAGCAUUUUUAGCCCAUUUAAACUUAAAACAUGCCGCGCUCUCAGUUUUUUCUUGCCAUUUGUGCAAAGUAACUAGUUGCACACCGGAUCAACUUAUUGAGCAUUACAAGAAGCACGGAAUCCUAAAAUAUCAGUGUUUAUACUGCAACCAUGGCACUGAAACCAUGACCGAAAUGCAUAAACAUCUCAGCUCUAAUCAUUACAACAAAAAGCCUGUCUGUCUUGAAAGAAUUCUGCCUCCAUCGCCUACGAAGACAGAAAGCGCCAUCGAACAACUACUUUUGCGAAAUGCAGAAGAACAAUACACACUAGUUUCAAAAGUUAUCGGAGUCUCCGAUAAAAUGCCAGCUAAUUCGGAAUUAGAUGCGAGUAGGGACGCAAAAGCUUUAGUGCAAGUGAAACCUCUGAGUGAAAAAGCGGAGUCGAGAAAUUAUGCAAUAUCAGUAGAACCCACUCGAUCCAACAGUCCCCCAACUAUCCACAUAAUUUCCACCGAGAGCAAAGUAAGUAGUGAUGAUGCGUUAAAGAAAACUAAACAAAAUUUGAAAUACAAGCAGCAGGAGCCACAGAAGGCUGUUGAAAGUGCAGUGGAUGCUCCCGGAAUCUUCCAGGAUCUCGGCACUGAGGAUGAGUUCAUAAACAUGAAUUUGCUCGAUAAUCCGGAAUUUCUGAAGACUCAUGAUGCUACACCGAAAAAGACUACGCUAUUGGACGACGAAGAUAGUGAUAUAGAAAUAAUAAAACACUACGGAAUGAGUGAAAGUAGAGGUGCAUCUGUGAUCAGCGAUUCUUCAACAACUCCUGAUAAAACCCCCAAGGACCUGCAUUUGCUUUCGGUUGCGGAUAACUCAGACAUCUCAAAUGAAGCUUCUAGUUUCGAUGCUCCAAGUCCAUCAAAGACUAAUGGUUUUCUAACUCUAGGUGACAUCAGACACACGGGCUUCACUGGAAUGGAUUUGUACAAAUGUGGAACACUGAACUGCAACUUCUCGGCUCCGAAUUCUGUCAUUCUCCGGAACCACAUCCAAGAAUCAUGUCUUGUUAAUGUUGCCACUAGUUUCAACAAUGUCGUCAACUUACAAUGCAGUCAUUGUCUGAAGUACUUCCAAAAGAUCCCAUUCUUUAUUGAGCAUUUGGAGAUUCACGGUCUAAAGCGAUUCUGCUGUGGUAUUUGUGGGAAGAGAUACGCGUUACAGAGUCAAGCUGUCAUGCAUGUGUACAUGAAGCACAAAGUCAAACGUUACAAGCUUUUCCAUGCUGAUCCUAAAAAACGCUCUGCUGGUGGAUUAUUUGUUCUGCAGCCCAUAGAUAAAGAAAAAAGCAAGAUUCCGACUCCCAAGUUUGUAGAGAAGGAAAGUGCGAAAUUCGUGGAGUCCAACACUUUAGCCUUCUCGCCUAACCGAAUCAACCUUCUACCUUCUAACUCAAGUAUUGACGGAUGGGGCAUGACAUUAUUGAAUCGUCAAACAAAGACUAUUAAGAGGAAUCUGGAAAAAUUAAAUCCAGAUGCUGGUGGACCAGAGAACUCUAAAUCGGAGAGUCCUUCGAAACAAAUUAUAUCUCCAAUAUCAUCAGGAAAGAGUCUUCUCAAUACUUCCGGUUCUGUGGUUCUAGGUUCGGAAGAUGAUACUCAUGAGAAUAAUAAAGAUCCGAAUGACGAUGAUGUGCCCGAAAUCGUUAGCGAAGGUUCAUCAAGUGGCCAAACAAAAACUCUAAUUGUCCUAAUCUGCAAGCAUUGUAAAAAAGAGUUCAAAAGCAAACGUGGUUUCAAGAUGCACGUGAGAAGGCAGCACUUGAGACAAUACAAAUUCUUGUGCCCUCUAUGCGAUCGCAGUGCAAACUUGGAAUUUCAUAUCCAGCAACACAUUUAUUCGAAGCAUCCUAAUCGGCUAGUGAAACCAAUGCCCAAUCCAUCCAGUACAUCGAAGGAUGCUGAUAUAACCGAUGAGUUCUGGGUAAAGGAGUACCAAGUUCCCCUUGGCAAGGAAGAAAGAGGUCAAAAACGUAAAGCAAACUUCGAAGAGGUAGCCGAAAAAAGGUUGAAAGCAAAUGUGAUAGAUGAUAAAUUUGUUUGUGUGCAAUGCAACUUCGUAUCAGUGACCCGGCAAGCUCAUUUUUCACAUCUAAACACCCAUAAACUCCUCUACAAGUGCGCUUAUUGUAGUUACACUGACAUGCUUAAGAACGAUGUAAUAAAACACUCGAAAUCUGAUCAUCCGCAAUUUUCGCCUAAAGUGGAAGAAAUUCCAAUCACUCGAAAUUCCAAUAAAAAGUUUAAUUACGAGUGCUCAUACUGCAACGUGCGCUGCAAAACGCACUUUGCCAUGAAGAAACACUGGACCAGGACUCACAAGGAUCCGAAGCCGAAGAAAGGAGCCAAGUGGAAGAUAGGACUUUUUAAGUACAAUACUCUAGUUCAUUCAGAUAGCGGAGCCGUGAAGAUGGUCACAUCGCCGCCGGGCAACCAUCACAGAGUCUGCCACUCGCAUCUACCGCUCAAGUGUAACCCGGCGGAUCCAAUUCAGAUUUCAGAAGACUACCGGUGUCCAGAAUGCCGAUUCGUGGCGAAGACCUACGAGAUCAUGUACAGGCAUAUUAACAAGCACAUCAAAUUGUAUAAAUGCAAGUACUGCGAGCAAUCCUUCUGUGAAACUAGGCAGAUGAGGCUCCACGCCGAGCAAGUCCAUCCAGGAGGAGAGCCUAAAAUCGAAACUGUCAAGAAUUACGUAGAACAGCUCGAUGAUCUGUUGAGUAGAAUAACUAGGGGCGCGGGUUUCGAAUUAGAGUCUUCGGAAUAUGAAUCAGUUGUGAAGGAAUCCAUCCCUGGACCCGUCGUUCCAGCUCGUCCCUUCCCCAAGAAACUAGAAUCCGUCGCGAAAAAGUCGACGAAUCCCUUGCCGCGAUACCCGCCAGGUGUGAAAUUCUCCAACGAAGAUGCGAAAGUUGGAGGGAUUUCCCAUUACGGUGUCCCGAGAGCUUCCAUAGACAUGGGGUCUAUUAGCACUUACAUGGUAGUUGGAGGUCAUCGAAUGCCGGUCAGUUGUUUAACGCUUGCCCAACAUUUGGACAUAGAUCCUCGAGUGAUCAUUGUAGAUAUAAUGAAAAGACUGAAAAUAAAAUAAAAGAUUUGGUCCAACUUUUAUGACUAAAGAUCUCAAAUGCCGACCGUUUUAGUUUAUGUUAUGAAGUAAAAUUAGUAACUCUCACGAGUAAAGUUAAUUGUUUAUCAAAUAAUAUUUUCUGUUUAUCGUGUAUGUGGAAAAUACAAUUGGAUCGACUUGCAGCGUUCAACAAGAAAAGCUUCUUUCGAUCCAGUUGCAUUUUCUUAGAUGUAGUUUCGAGGUGUGAUUAAAUCGUUGUUUUUAAU